AUGGGAUCGCUACGACAAAUGGGCGGAUGGAUGGAGCAAAAUGCUCGAUGGAUGCCCCCAAAUCUGCCGCUAAACCUAUUGCAAAAAUUAUUGCCUGAUCAUUUCCUCCUUAAAACCACAGGCCCUAUAAAACUCCCAAAGCCCUCCCCCCUUUCUCUUCCCCAGGAGACCCACCCCUCCCCCCCACAUCUUGUCUUUCUUUCCCUUUGCCACUUCCCAAGACACACGCCGGUACAGAGGAGAGAGGAGCGGCGCCUUCUCCCUCCAUUGGCGCAUCUUUAUCUAGGCCACAGCCCGGGAAAGGAGCAGCAGCCACCAUUUUUUAGACCCCAAGAGCAAGGACCGAGCCCUGUGCUAGUACCACCAAACGCUCCCCCCCAAGCGAGAGCGGCGGCGGCGGAGGACGAGUCGAGGAGGAGGCCGGCCGGCCGGCGUUUCCCAGGCGAUCUCGAGAUGGGCAUCCUCUGCUUCGGCGCCUCCUCCACCCUGCUCUGCGGCGAGGACAGCAACAGCGUCCUCGGCCUGGGCGGCUGCGGCGGCGGCGGCGGCGACGGCGAGGUGGCGGGGGCGGGCCGCGGCCUGGGCUUCCUGGACGUCGGCGCCGUCUUCCCGGUCGACAGCGACGAGGUCAUGCGGGCGCUGGUGGAGAAGGAGGUGGAUCAUCGGCCCAAGGGCGGCUACGUGGAGCGGCUGGGGCACGGCGGAUUCGAGUCCUCCUGGAGGAAGGACGCCAUGGAUUGGAUUUGCAAGGUCCAUUCCCACUACAAUUUUGGACCACUGACCCUUUGCCUCUCGGUGAACUACAUGGAUAGGUUCCUCUCCUCCUUUGAUCUCCCACAUGACAAGUCCUGGAUGCAACAGUUAAUGUCAGUUGCUUGCCUGUCUCUUGCUGUCAAGAUGGAGGAGACCGUGGCCCCUCUUCCCGUGGACCUUCAGGUUUGCGAUGAGUACUAUGCCUUUGAACCAAGGAACAUCAAGAGGAUGGAGCUCAUUGUGAUGGAGACCCUGAAAUGGAGGAUGCACUCUGUGACCCCAUUCUCUUUCCUGUGCUACUUCUUGGACAAGUUCAAUGAAGGGAAGCCACCCAGUUACAUGCUGGUCUCACGGUGUGCCGAGCUCAUAGUCGCCACUGUGAAAGACUAUAGAUUCUUAUCAUUCAGACCUUCUGAGAUCGCUGCCGCAGUGGUUCUAUGGGCGCUCGCUGAGAAUCAGGUCAUCGGCUUCAGCAGUGCCCUUGCAGCAUCUGAAAUCCCUGUAAAUAAGGAGAUGAUUGCGGGAUGCUAUGGGCUGUUGGUGAAGAAGAGAGGGAACUUCAGCGCGAGCCUUUCAGCGCCGCUGAGCCCGAUCGGGGUGCUGGAUGUGCCAUGCUUCAGCUUCAGGAAUGAUGACACAACACCAGGUUCAUCACCCUCGAACAACAACAGUAACAGCAACGAUCAGGCCUCCACUCCAGCUUCCAAGAGGAGAAGGCUAAGCGCAUCGCCGAUCUGA